AUGGAGCCACCUGCCGAAGAAAAACAGAAUACGGUGCGUCGAUCAAAAUGGGAAGGAAGCAUCAAACCUCUAGUUAAUAAGUAUGCGCUUGCUAUUGAAGUGAAAGCGGAAACUAUUUUUGAUGAUAAUGUUCGGUCAUCAUCAAUUAAGAUUAUUUUCGAAUCGCCAUUUGAAGACGAGUUUGAUUUCAAAAAACAUGAGUAUUUAUGGGUGCAGGAUGUUUAUCGGCGAUUUAUAUGCCUGUUCAACUCUCCUUUUAAUAUGCUUCGCGACGCGAACACGUUGGAGAUUGCUUAUAGGGAGGCAUUUGUUAACCCUCUGAUUCCGAAAGCAUUUGACGAUUUGAGCGAUAAAAUCAGAUUUCAAAU